AUGUUCUUUGCAGCGCUGUUUCUCUGUCGCUUUCAGGUGUGGAUGUCACGGCAAUCCUUGGCAUUGGCUGAUCACUUCUUCCCUGAUAGAGUGAGACCAAGGGCUCUUAAUCUAUACAAUAAGAUCUUACAAGACCGCAAAAACCUGCUCGGGGAUAUGAUGAAGGAGCAGAAGAAGAAAUUAGCUGACGAUCAGAUGGAAGGUCGUGAAACAGUUGUUCGUCGAGGCUUGCAGUCGAGAGGGUUCAUCCGUGUGAAUUGCAGCGUUUGCAACCAACAGGAUCUUCGCUUAGCUGAUCAGGCAAACACGCGUCUCUGUGUAGCAUGUGGUGCAUUUUACUGCAUCAAAUGUUUCUGUUUACGACGAUACUGUCAAGAAUGCCAAAAUGACAUGCAAGUAAUCGAUCGCGUAGAACUUUAUUAUGAGGAUCUAAGUGAUGAUGAAGAAUCUGUGGAGGUGGAGGAAAGGGAGGAGGAGGAAGAAGAAGAAGAAUAG